AUGGAAUGUGAGAAGGAGUCCACCGGGGAGAAGGAUGGCCAGGGUGACAAGGAAAUAGAAUGUGAGAAAGAGGCCGUUGGGGAGGAUAAUGAAGGUGAGAAUGAAAUAGAAGGUGAGAAGGACGUCGGCGGGGAAAACGACAGCCAAGGUGACAAGGAAAUGGAAUGUGAGAAGGUUGCCACCGGGAAGGACAGCAAAGGAGAGAAUGAGGCCGACGGGGAGGAUAGGCAAGGUGACAAGGAAAGAGAAGGUGAGAAGCACACAGAAGGUGUCUUGGUCGCCGUCGGGGAGAAGAACAGCGACGUUGAAAAGGUCGUAGAAGGUGAACUGCACGCUGCCGGGGAGAAGAAUGACCAAUGUGAGAAGGCCACCGAAAUUGACAAUAAACAUUCCGACGAGGAGAAGAACGCCAUCACGGAGAAGGACAAGAAAGACAAGGAAGGGAAUGAAUCCACUACUGAAGAUGCUAUCCCCCAUGAAGUGAGGCAGGAAAGGAGAACCAGGAGAAUGCCGGACAUUCAACACCGAGGCAGCCGUUGA